AUGAUAAACACCAAGACUACUGUCCGAAAAGAGGGUCAUCGCUGUCCAAUGUGUGCUGAGCGGAUCCUAGAUGAAGAUUCAUGGGAGAAACAUGUCAUAGAGUGUGGUAGAAAACGUCGCGAGAAAAGGUUCGAGUGUAGUAGAUGCGAUUAUGCCAAAAACAAAAAGAGCGAUAUGCAGAGGCAUGAAAGAACACGACACAGCGGAAGUUCUGGAUUCGUUGAAGUUCAAAGUGACUCUGAUCGUGAGUGGGAAGCACUGGAUCCGGGGAGUCUUUCUGAUAUGGUAGGUGAACUGGACACUUCUCACGCGAUCCCUAUUACUCCAGAGGUGACCAAGAGAAAACCCACUAGACCACUUCCAGAGUACACACCAAAAGCGAAAGCCAUCGUUGGUGCAGAGGCUAUGAUCCCCACUGCUCCUAGUCACUUUCAUACCCCGGAGACAACUCCACGUGAGCGAAAUGGUGAACAUUCAUCGACCAGGGCCUCUGCAACCCUAUCCAGCUCAUACAGAGACUUUGCAACACAGACCUCGGCAACACCAGCAGAUGCCUGUACCCAGACUUUACCUCUAGAUGGACUAGAAGCUGGCACUCAGACAGAAAGUGGCAAGAAGAGACGUCUUCAUUGCGUCCAGAAGUCUUAUCAAGUAGACGGACAGUCGGUGGUAGAAAUCCAUGAGAAUGAAGUGUGA